CAUUGCAGUAACCGUCCAGAUAUCAGUGUUGGUUCUGAUAUCACCGUGAAGCUGCAGAUAUCACAGUGAUGGUACAGAUAUUCCCAAAACAGCGCAGACAUUGCAGUGACGCUGCAAAUAUCACAGUAAUGAAGCAGGCAUGCAAGGCACGGAUGCCAAUAAUAUGAUGGAUUGCACAGAGAAUGGGGACACCAGCUCUGGAGAUCUACAGCUUCGCAUCAAGUUACCAAAUCAUCUCCAGGGAAAAGAAAAGAAAAUGAAGAUGAAAAUCUCUCGAGAUGCCACAGGUGCAGAACUGUGUACUGAAAUUGAGAAGAACUUACAGAAUACCAAAGCAGAGAAUAUGGAAUUGACAUAUAAAGGCAAGAAAUUAAAUUUGGACAAGACCCUUGGUGAACAAGGUGUGAAGAAUAAAGAGGUUUUUCGUCUCACUCUGAUUAAUAACGAAAAAAGAAAGCGUGUAGCCUUUCUCUCCAGAAUUAUUAAGGGGGCAGAACUGUUGGCAAAACGAGAUAAAGAUUUUGAAGGGACAUACUUCAACGCAACAAACCACAGAAGAGAAAUUGUUAAUCUCCCUGAAAGUCGAAGGGCGGUUUUUCUAACAGCCUUGAUUCUGCAUGAGGUCGGUCGAUGGUACAUGAAGAAGAGUGAUUAUGAACAGGCACUUUGGUUUCUAAAUCAGGCCGAAACAGAAUUCAGGCAAUGUAAUGAGGAGCUGUUGAACAGUGUUGACAACUAUGGAGUGCUGAAUCUGGACAUAACCUGGUGCUAUCUCCAGCUGGACGGCAUCCAGCUUCAUACAGAGGCCGGAGAGAGGUUAGAAGGUGCCCAGGCAUAUUUCAACAAGUGUUUUGGAGAAAAUCAGCAUCGUCUUCAAGAACAAGAGGACAAGAGUGGAAGACACAGAAUCCUGAAACUACGGCUUCUGGUGCUUUGGGGAGUAUGGUUCUUCUAUGCCAAAAAAUUGCCCCAAUCCAGGAGGGACUUUGGUGAGGCAGAAGAGCUGCUGGAUCAGCUGUUGGUGGACGAUCUUUCAGUGUCCACCCUUGUGAACGAAGGCUACAGUGCCAGGGAAGCCCGCCUUGCUUUACGAGCCAUGGAUGGUAAAAUCGAGGAGGCCAAAGCAUACAUUGAAGAAAAGAGACAGGAGCAGAGAACAGCGGAGAUGAGAAGGCAAGGACUCCACGGGCCCGGUGACACAGACAAUUCAGAACACGGCUCGCCCGAGAGGGAUGGGUCGCCUGAUCAGAUAAACCAGGAGCCAACUAUCAGUGCCAAUUCCGUGCCUGUCGCUGGAUCGAGUCUGUCACCUCCUGCAGAUGGAACCUCGGCCUCGGCACCCACCGCCUCGGCACCAGCAGGAGCCCAAAGUAGUGAUGCAGAAGAUGAAAUAUUGAGAGAAAUCCUGCAAUACCUACCUAACGAUAUCGAUGACUACAUCGACCUGUCCCUGGAGGAUGAGGAAGCCAUUGUGCGUGAAUACAAGACCAAGAUAUUGGACUCAGAACAGCGUGGCAGCUAAAAGUGAAUCGGAUUCUGAUCAAAGUCACAGCAAAUGACCUCUCCAGGUUCCUGAAGAGAUGCAAUGGCCAACAAUCUGCACGUUUACAGAACACCAACAGCCACCCCCCCCCCAUGCAGCCAAGCACAAUCCCAGAAGACACAGAAGCAGAAUUAGGCCAUUCGGCCCACAGAGUCUGACCUGUCGUCCUAUAUUAUCCCUCUCAAACCCAUUCUCCAGCUUUCCCCCUGUUCCCUUUGACACACUUACUAAUCGAGAACCUAUCAGCCCCCACUUUAAACAUCGCCAAUGACUUGGCCUCCACAGCUGUCUGAGGCAAUAAAUUCCACAGAUUCACCACCCUCUGGCUAAAGAAAUUGCUCCUCAUCUCUCUUCUAAAGCAAUGUCCUUCUAUUCUGAGGCUGUGCCCUCUGGUCCUAGACUCCCCCACUGCAGGAAAACAUCAUCUCCACUGGCCAUCAGAGAGGUGAUGUAUUUUGACAGGCUGGUCGAUCAAAGUGUCGAUUUAGACCUAUCCUACUCCAUAGUGGCUUUCAAGCUGAUGGAAUACGAUCAGCAGAUCCCCUACACACACCUGCCACCUGUUUUGCUCCAUUCCCUAAUAGGAGAUCCAGUGUCGCAGCCCUCCUCACUGCGAUCUCAAGGAAACUUUUCCGAAUACAUUUGACAGCAAACAUAGUUGGGAGAUGAUAGAAAGUAUAAAUAAUGAUGCUUUAAACAGUAAGCAGAUCAAACAGCGCCUGUAUGGAUCAGAAACAAUCAACGUAACUUCACAUUUGAACCUGUCGUUCCACACUGCUGCCUGACCUGGUGUCUGUUUAUAGCAUUUUCUGUCCUGAUGCUAGAUUUUCAAUGUUACUUUGAUUUUGGAAAAUACUCCCAGUGGCUACUUUAUUAGGCGGAGGAGGUGACUGCUCUGACCCAUCCACUUCCAGUUUCAGAGAUGCACGCCACUGGUAUAAUGCGCGGUGUUACGAAUGAGGAGCAACUCUGAUGGGCAGAAGGGUACAAAGUCGCCCCCCCCCCCUUUUUGGAGAAAUCGCAAAUCGCUUUUAUUUCAAGGCUGCUACCAAGGAAAUGAAAGGGACAAAAGGAAAUCUGCCAAGACAGUUGUUAUUGAUAAACAGCUCAUGUCAGUUAAUGAGAGAGAGACAACGCAGAGAUACACAAAGUGGAAUGUCUCCUCCUAACAAAAGUGGAACGGAACCACUGAUUACUGCUAUUGUCUCUUGGAGAAGGAAUUGUGUAUUGAGUACUGUACUAUUCAUUGAAACCCCUCAGGGGGCAACCAGACUGGGCUGGGUUUGAUGGAUUGCAUCAUCCCAACCUGAUUGACACCUGAGCUCCCGUGAGUGGGGAUAAAAGUAUGGCCUGGGGAAACACCCCUCAGACGCACCAAGAGAGAUGCUACGAGACCGGUGGGGGCUUGUGUGUGUCUACCCUUGCCUGAGUGAUGAGUCCGCCACGGAACGGUCUAGCUAAAGGACGGAGGGGUCAUACAUGAAUGGCCAAAACAACAACGAAUCAAUGGAUCAAGAUCGUAAAGGAAAGUCAGCAAGUCAAUAGCUGUUACUGCUCUCUCUCUCUCUCUCUCUCUCUCUCCAAUAAUUGCAACACAGCGACCAACAACUACCGCAGCCUGCAUGAACUGAACUGAACUUAAUAUUUCCAUUGGACAAUUCAUUAUCCCCUAGACAACGAUAGAGCUUAUUUCUUAUUGAUUAUUAUUAUACCCGCACUUUUAGGUUUAGUAUUGAUGACGUAUAUUAUCUGUAUAUUUGCAUUGAUAUUAUUUUUGUGUAUUUUGACUAAUAAAUACUGUUAACAAUAGUA